UAUGCGACUUCCGCAGGCUGCAACCUUUGGAUUGAGAAACGGCCUGAGAGACGGAAGUGGGAAGGCUAGACUCAACAUUAUCAUAACUGUAACAUGUAUAUUAAAUUAGUCUUGUAUUGAUUAUCGGUCUCGUACUAGGUUUACCUUGAUAGUGAUCAAUUAGCAUACUCGUGUUUAUCUGAUCAUGUAUUUUUAAUUGUUAUUGUGCAAGUCUUCAUUACGAUAUUUUCACUUCCCAUUUAACUUGGACCGUGUUACCGUUAGAGGAAUGUAUUUGUGAUUUCCAGCAAGGGGAGAUACGCAUUUCCUCAGAAACAUUAAAUGCUGAAAGAUAUGGAUUCAAAAUAAUCGAAAUGAUCUGCCGCAUAUACGCAGUGGCGCAUUUCAUAUUGAUGAUCAAUGUCGCCGGGACGCUGGACGUACAGCCCCCAGGGGAUGUCAAGAUAACGUUAGUAGGAUCACGACUACAAUGGAAGUCUUCCGACGACAAAAGUGUCUUGUAUUAUGUACAGUAUAAAAACAACUCCGAUCCAGCAGAUGAAUGGCACAAUGUUUCAAGCUAUAAUGGAACAUCAUUAAAAACAUUUGAAAUUACUAAUGAAUUUUAUGGAGGAAUAUUUCGAGUGCGUGCAGAGAAAGACAGCCACACAUCAGAAUGGCAGAUUUCUAAACCGGUCCUGUGUAUGAAUCUUAAUAUCUGCAUUCCUAUGAUGACUGUGAAUGUAAAACCAGGAAUUAUUGUCCUACAUAUGUCACAUAUGGACCAGAGCUUGAAGAAAGAACGUGGAGAUCAUGUUGCCUUUAAUGCAUCAUUCUGGAAAGUAGUCAAUGGACGGCACUCGGAGGUUAAGUUUAGAGUUACACUUGACAAGACUCUAAGCUUUCAUGAUCUGGAAUCAGGGCAGAAGUACUGUUUUCAGGUCCAGUAUUCAUUGUAUAAUAAGCCCUAUGGAAAUACCAGCGAACAGCAAUGUGUAAACAUACCAGAAAGCCAGGAGGCAGAGAAGCGCGUUGUGCUCACAACCAUCAUAACUACAGUAUUAGUUUUGACCAUUUGUGGUUGUUGCAUUUUUGCACUUUUCAAGAACCACAAAAAGUUUAAACAGAUUCUUAAACCCCCUGUGAAUAUUCCCUUACACUUUCGAGAGUUCUUGAAUCAGGAGUUUCCUCAGCGGCCGUUUCCAAGUCCCAGCACUGAAAGUUUACCGUCAUGUGAUGUAAUCACAUUAAUAGAGAAUGGCAAUAUAGAGGAGAUUGGACAAGAGAUAAGAUCUUAAUUCUGGUUUUUACAUUAAGAUUAUGAUCGUUUUUAUAUGCACAUUCUUACACAUCACAGAUUCAACUUUGCCCUUGAUGUGUUUUUUUUUUUAAUGCUGUCAUGAAUCUCUAAAGAUUUAGCUUGCUUUUUUGAGCAUUGGGUUCACAUUUCUUUAAUUAGAUUUAACUUUUGGUUUGCAAUGUUCAGUGUUUAAGGUUAUAGUAUUGUAACACUAAAUACAAAAAUCAGCAUUUAGUAUGCUUAAUGAUAAGUAUGUCUGUAACCUCAGUAUGCACAAAAAAAAAACAGUAAGUGAAACAUUCGGAUGGUCUACUUCCUCUGCCGAGAUUUCUCAGUCAGUGAGUUCCAAAUGGGAUUAAUCCACCUGCAAAGGGCACUUUGGAUUGGGAACAGUCAGUCACUCCAAACUAAUGUGCUUAGGACUGGUCACUUUAAAGAGCUCUAUAAAGGACAGACACUUAGCUCCCAUGAUUGUUUGCACAGGUUGUGUGUGAGGACGCUGCUUCUUACAUCUUUUAUCUUUUUAAAGCUCUCAUUUUAGGGGGUAAACCCUUAUGGCAAAGAAGGGAAAGCAGGGAUAAUGCAUAGGAUGCACACUUAGGCAGAUUCUUUCAGGUGUAAGUGAUAUAGGUACCAAGGAAUGUAUUAUUUGUAGUUAAAUUGUACUUGUUUAACAACACUUGAGUAGAAUAUUUUCUUAGCUGUUGUUAGUAGCAUAGUAGUUGGUUAGGGGUUAGCUCAAGUAAAUUCUUGCAAAAUGCAAGAUAACAAAACCAAGAUAGCAAAAUGUUUGUUUUUGUUUGGCACUAAAAGCUGAUUUUCCUUUACAUUUCCCCUUGUAUAAGCAAUUGCAUUUUCUUUUAAAUUCAUAUACGGUUGAUGUUAUAUUUGCUGAUAACACCUCUUCUGAUAAUGUCCUUAACUUUAUAUUUUUUAAUCUUUUAACGGUUUUAUAGUAACUUUUGGUUGCAAUCAUUUCAAAAUCUUUUGGAGCAUUUCUUUAAUUCUGUUCCAGCAGACAAGUUUAAUGUACAUACUGAUGAAUCCCACAAUUAGGUGGUGUUGCUUUUUAAAAGCAUGAGUUGUAUAUAGGUUUUUAUUUACAAAAAAAAUGCUAUAAUAUAUUUGUAGAUUUUAAGGAAACAUGCCAAGUUCACUUAGUAUCUGUUUCUAUGUAAAACAAAGCUGUAGCCAUUUAUUCCCUUUUUGAAAUAAUGCGCCUUCCGUGUCGGAAUGUCUGUUUUUGUUUGCUUUGUGAUUCUACCCACUGGCAAUUUACCCCAAUAGUGUAUUUUGACAGCUCGGUUGCAAGUUAUCACGGUGGCCCAUAAAUAAUUUUUGUAAUUUGUAGACAACAAAAAACAUUGCAAAUAUAAAAACGAGCAGAUAAACUUUUGCUUUCCAUCGUCUGUUGGGCUUCUGUAUGUGUCUGGAAACCCGAGAAAGGGGCUGGGGAAAACGUCUCAAAUAUUUUGAAUUUAGACGGUAAUACCAAAUUUUACAGCUAGAGGUCAAUGUUACGCAGCUUCUUUAAAGGAACACGCUGACUUUUUGGGACUAAUAGCUUAUCCAUCGUAUCCCCCAGAGUUAGAUAAGUCCACCCUUUUCAUCUAAGUGCGUCUGACGCACCCACCGCUAGCCUAGCUUAGCACAAAGACUGGAAGUAAAUGGCUCCAGCUAGAAUACUGCUCUCAAUAAGUGACAAAAAUAAUGGCAACAGUUUCCUGUUUAUAUGUUGUGAUUUUUAUAAUGAUAGUGUGUACAAAUAACAAGGUCAUAUGAGCCAUCUUUUAACUGUAUGGGAAUUAUAUUCUCAGAAGUUGAAGCACUGCUUUACAUGUUUGUAAUAAUGGUUUUUUGUGAUAGUGGACAGAUACUGUUUUAUAGGCGAUACCAAAUAGUGAUUGUGAGAUCAAAUUUAUUUGUUUCCUUCACUUAAAAAUGACUGUGAUGUUAAAAUAUAUGCGGUUUGAUUGACUUUAAUAUUGUAUAAUUAGUGACGCAUUACUGCUGUGCCAAUAUGUGAAUGUUCUUUGUUUAGAUUUGAAAGUCUUUUGCAAUAAAGGUCAUUAGUAUUAGACAUAAUACUAUAUAAAUGUAAACCCUGUCCGGGAAACCGCCCCAUAGUAUUAUUCUUUUGUUUUGAUUAAUAGAGAUUUGCAAGUGUGACUUGCAAGAUAAUUAAAAAUAUUUUUUUCUUUGAAAUUUUAAUCAAAACAGAAGACAAACUGAAUUUGUCGUCAACUACAAGAACGUGCAACUAUUCUGAGAAAGUAGCAGCCUAUGUGCUAUUCUGCUGUUUGAAUUUUUCACAGUACAUAAUCAUACGUUGAUAAUGAAAAUUUAAUCUGACCAUCAGCUUCAAAGACAAUGUCCAAUUUAGACUGGACUGAUCCUCUUCACCCUGGAUUUCUCCACAUAACAUUUUAUCGCCGCAUGAGGGGGAACCAAAGAAUGUGCCAAGAGCAUACAAUGUAUUAGAUGUCUUUCAAGGUGAAAGGGUGCAGACUUUAUUCCCCUUUGCUCUUCCUCUAGAAGUCUUUGUUUCCAUACCUGUAUUUAAAGAAUGUUAUUAAAAAGCCUCCAUGCAGACCCACAGAAAGGAUAAAGUGAGGUUUGAUUAUUUUGUGACAGAGAGAUGUUUGUACAGCUGAUGUUUGGCUUGUAUUUCUGUCCUGGAAGACAUUCUGCAUAAUCUUCCUGUGGUUGGCUGUUUGUAAAACAAAUAAAUACUUAAGGUCAUA